CUUUCACGUUUGAUUUUAAUACAAGACCAUUCAUAAUCUACACUUCGUCCCCUACAUCGCACCACCUGGCCUGUACCAUACAGGACUUGGUUUGGCCCCCUUGUUGAGAGUCAGACGCACGAGACAACAUCCGACGCAUAAUCCUAUUACAGUACAGUAGUGGCCUUCUUUAGCUGCAGCCUUCCAUUACUCCCCUGGCAGUGAUCCUGGGCGUGACGACACCCAAUUCCCGGGCUCCAUCGCAACAGAUUAAUCCCUACAGCUCAUUUUUUUUUUGGGCAACAGUGUUUGCAACAACAUCAUCCGACUUUUUCGUGAUUGCAACCACCGAAUAUCAUCAUGGCGAAGAACGCACCUCUCGGCCUUGCAGGCCUGGUCCUCAUGGCAGUUUCUCUACUUUUCCUCUGGUUCAUUAUCCUAUCUGGAUUAACCUCAACCACUCCGUUUGACAAGACGUAUUUCCUCCGCGCCGAUACGAGCGACAUCACAGGAGCUCGCGACACCACGCAAUGGAACUUUUUCUACAUCUGUGGCGCCGGCAACAACGACUGCGACGGCGCUCGCGCUGCUCCUGUCAUCGGUAAAGCUUGGGACUCUAACCCUCGCAACGCGCCCAGCUCGCUCGUUGGCGGUCGCGCUGGCGACACCACCUCCAACCGCCAGUUCUUCCUCUGGAGGUUCGGCUGGGUCUUCAUCCUCAUCACCCUGUUCUUCGAGACCAUUGCCUUCUUCACCGGCUUCAUUGCAUGUUGCGGCCGUCUCGGCGCCGGCAUCUCCGGCUUCACGUCCAUGUUCGCCCUGCUCUGCUCCUCUGUCGCCAUGUCCCUGAUGACUGCUACUUGGGUUCUCGCUCGCAACGCUUUCAAGAGUGCAGGUCGAUCGGCCUCGAUCGGCCGCUACGCCUUUGGUUUUGCUUGGGCAUCUUGGGCCGCUCUUUUCAUCGCCACCAUUCUCUUCUGCCUAGGCAUGCGUGGUGACAAGAGCUCUUCCAGCGGCGGUUACAGCGGCCGCUCAUGGCGCCGCAGACGCAGCGUUCGCAGCACCAACGGUUACGAGGGACGUCGUGUUAAGGAUGACUACUCCUAAACUAUCACUCGACAAUUGCCACUUGGGGACUUGUUUAAGCGAGCGUUUUUGGGGGCGUUGGCAAGGCGUUAAUGAGGAACUCAAGAAGGUUCGACGUCAAUUUUGCAGACCCCAAUUGUCAUCGAGCCGGUCAACUGCAACGCCGUACAUGCGGCGGCUCGUGUUUUCGACAGCUUGAUUUUGUCUGUUAAUAUUUGAUCUAGUUACUAGCCUGUCGUGUUGAGCAGGUUUGUACACAUGAAAUAUUUUGGUGGGGAAGCAUUGACAUGCUUCGAAUAAUGUUGAAGCGAAGGUUACGGCGAGAUCUACGAGAAGCUUGUUCGUCAAUCGCGUAAUAGUUAUGAAUGUAUGAAUCUGCAACAAUACGAGUACUUUCAAAUUAUUC